AUGGCGCGAGCAGCGGUCAUCCCUCAAGAACCACCAAAGCGGGCCACGCGCGGCAGAGCUAAGGGCACAACCACGAAAACAGCGAGCAAAUCGAGCGCGAGAGUUACGAAGGCUGCUGAAACGAAGAAACGGACCGCCCGGGCAGCAGUGACACAAUCGGACUCACAUUCCGGGUCAGAAUCAGAGGAAACAGAUGACGAGAUUGGGGUUAUUGAAACAAAGAGCCGCGGGAAGGCAGCUGGGACAAAAGGGAAAACUACGUCUACGUCGGGACGCGGGAGGAAGGCUGCUGCUGCUCCGGAAAAUGACAGCGAGAGUGAAAGCGACGACGACGAGCUUCCCGUGUCCGAAGCGCCGAAGAAACGAGUGGGAAGGCCAAAGGCUAAAAAGGAAGAAACCGCAAAACCAGCGGCAACUUCAAAACCUAGGGGGCGACCAAAGGGUACGUCGAACAAGCCGCCUUCGCCUGACGAUAUUUUGAAGGAAAAUACGCGAAGGAAUGCGCUUUCUCAAGACAGUGACGAAUUGUCGUCAUCACAAGGGCCGACCGAGAUUUUCAUAACCACAGGCUCUGCUAUGCUGCGCGGGCCGGCGAAGACGAAGAAGAAGGUCACAUUCCAAGAAUUGUCGGAUUCCGAGAUGGAUCUAAGUGAAGCGCCAGCCCCUACGAGACGCAGGAGAGGAACGAUUGUCGCAAAGGAUGACGAUGGAAUGGCUGCCAAACCAGUUCGCAAGGUUCCCGCGGGAUCUACCCGAGGACGCAAGCCUGCGGCAGCCAAAAAGGGUGGCGCUAAGCCUCUGUCGCCGAAGAAAGCUACACAGGUUGCAAAGGCCAUUUCAUCAUACGCCAGCUCCGACGGGGAGGAAGAUGAAUUGAGCGGCGAAAAGGAUGCUAUCAAGCUUAUAGUCCACUCUCCUCAGAAGCGUAUGCCAGCUGUCUCCGGCCUUGACUCUCCCGUGAGAAGAGUCAACUUCACACCGAACAAGUCAUCGAAUCGCCUCGAUGAGAAUGGCGAGCCGACCUUUGCGCCCCCGAAGAUGUUCGACUUUGGCGACUCAGAGUUUAUGUCCAGCCCGGCGCGAAGACCCCCUCCCUCGCCCUUCCAAUUCACAUUGAAGGAGACACCAAAACGAGGGGGAAUAUCUCUCUCCGAGAAGCCGAAGCUAAGCCGACCAGAAACGACACCAACCCAAAAUUCCCCUCUCAGGAUGUCCGCGAGGAAGGCAAACAUAGGAACGCCCGCACGAAGCUUGUUCGGCGCAGGCGAUACAAUCUCACAGCCGAACUUCACUCCAGGACAGAACUCACCUCUCAAGAUGUCUGCUAGGAAGGGCAUUUUUGGCGCCUCAUUCUCAUUACCACAACCCGACCAACAGCAGAACUCGACUCCGUUCAAGUCUAGCCUACUCAUGAGCCCCGCGCGGAAGGUUGUCACACCAUUCAAGAGCUCAAUGCCACCUGUACCAUCAUCGCUGGCCAAGGAAUCGAGAUUACAAGCAGAUACGGAGACUGACGACGAGACGGUCUCGAUGUACGACGAGUCGCCGCUUCGUGGGCAGAAUCUCGAAGAUGCAGCGCAGUUCCAGGCUGACGAAGCUGAUGAAGCUGAUGAGGCGGAUGAGCUUUCAGCUGAUUACGAUGAUAUGGGAAUGGCCCCUGAAGAGAGCCCUAUUGCUCGAGAGAGUGAGCAGUUGGAGGAAGAACAAUCCGAGGUAUCUGUUGAAGAGGAAGAUGAAGGAAUGCUUUCUGAAGACGAAGCCUCUCCACUUGAUGCUCAGGACCUUGAUAAAGAGUUGGCACAUGCAGAGCAGGCUCUUCACCAUAAGGUCAAGCAGGCCGAAGAUUAUUUGGCAGCUAACGAUUUUGGAGAGCCAUUGGAAGACGACGAGGAUGAAGACGAUGAGAACACAACGCCGCAUGAUCCCCACCAGCUGGAAUCCGAAGCCGAUGACUCUGAAGAACAGCUCGAUGAAAAUGCCUACGAACAAGCAGAUUACGAAGAACCAGAUGCAGAGCAAGACGAGUAUGAUAUCGAAUCCGACGAGGAACGAGAACAGUCGCCAUUUCGAUUCAGUUUCGGCAAUGGACUGGAGGAUGUCUUCGUUGACGACUCUACCGCUCGGGACACAAGGAUGCACAAUACCGCCAUGCAUGAUGAACAUGAGCAUGACGAAGAGACUGUAUCUGAAGAUGAAGAUAUACCUGACGGUGACGGCUCCAUGCGUCAUGGAAACGAUGGGCCGACCCUUGUUGGUGAGGCUGCCGCCGAUCACCUUAUAAGUACCGGACCAGUCCAGCCUUAUGAGAUCGAAGAGGUUGAGGACACCCCGUUCAUGAACUUCCUCCUGACCCAUUGGGCGCCAACUCUGCCAUUCGUCGAAGUAUGCGAGCCUACUAUCACUGCCGUUGACACCGAGCACCGGUCGCCAGAACCUGUCACUCCAGAAGAAAAUGAAGAGGAUAUAUCCGACAGCCCCGCUCUCCCCAUUGACUAUGCGCAAAAUACCCCGAAGGCGCCCCAGGAGCCGCCACAUCGUAAUCGUGGCCCUCGCUUUACUCUACUGGCUGAGCAGUUUAGUCAGUGGAAAGCGAGCAGCCCUGCGAAGGCCGAGAGACCGCGCCGCAGAGGUGUUUUCUCCCUGGGGAGACCUAGUGACCUCCCAAGCGCUGCGUCUCGGACACCUAGGAAUGAUAUUUUUGCCAACGCGCCAACUCUUUCGGCUAAGCCUCGUCCUCGAAGACAAGACCCCAGCCCUCCGGCGCUUGACGUCUAUGAAGACGAGGAAGAUGAGCCAGCAAGCGAGGCGAACGAGGUAUACAUUGCUGAUGAAGCGGUCGAGGUAGAUGAUGUCGAUGAGGUCGAUGAGGUUGUGGAGUCACAGUCAGAAUACCCGGCGAGGAGCCCAAUGGCCGAAAUCUUGGACGACGAGACAUCAGAUGGUUUCGACAUUUUCAAAGACCUUUCCGAUGAUGAAAGCGAUGGUGGAAACGAUGGGGAAAGAGUGGAAAGAGAGCAGGUUGAGCCUGCAGAUUACGCUACUCUCAAUCCAUUUGUAGAAGAAAAGGAGAAUGAAGUGGUAUCUCCUGUUCCUGCAACGCCGGCCAAAAAUCCAUCGCUUCCCAGGCAAACAUUCCAUACUGUCUCGAAGGUGCCUCUGAAGCCAGAGGGCGAAGUGUCCCCCUUGAAGAUCAACCGAAAGCGUGGUCGCUCUCUAUCGAUUACAUCGAUUACCUCUCCACUCCGCUCAUCACCUCGACUUCGCGAGUUUGUCCUCGCUCCACCGGAAUCCCCUCCCCGGAAGUCGGCCCGGCUAUCGUACAGUUCAACGCGACAAUCUCUGUCUAGAGGAAGCCCUAGGAAAUCUGUCGGUGCUCAACCGACGCCGCGCGCUCGCACACCUUCUCGUGCUCGGACACCUCGCUCAGCAAGCCCUAUCAAAUCGCCCCGCAAACAAGCGUCGCCCGUCAAACAAGCUCCAGCCUGUCUAAGCGGCGCUGUUGUCUACGUAGACGUUCACACCACAGAAGGCGAGGAUGCCAGCGGCAUUUUCAUUGAGCUUCUGCAGCAGAUGGGAGCCAGGUGCAUCCGGAACUGGUCAUGGAACCCGCGAAUGAGCGUGUCGCCGGAUGAGGAUACGGGCUCGGUAAACGGCAAGGUUGGAAUCACCCACGUGGUUUUCAAAGAUGGUGGUGUUCGCACCUUGGAGAAGGUUAGGCAGGCUGGAGGGCUUGUCAAGUGUGUUGGGGUUGGCUGGGUCUUGAAUUGCGAGGCAAGAAACGAAUGGGUCGACGAGACACCCUAUGCCGUCGACAGCACCAUCAUUCCCCGGGGAGGUGCAAAGCGUCGCAAGAGCAUGGAACCCCGGGCGUUGAGCAAUAUCAACGGAACCCUUGUCAAAGCGAGUAACGCUGGGACUUCAUCCAGCCGUCGGCCAUCUAUGGCUGCUGGAAGUAUGUCUAGAAGUGCAACUCCACUUUCGCGCAGGGAGCGCUCCACGCCGGACAACUCCCCAGGUUACGGAGCUGGCCACACCGAAGCGAACCGGAAGCUCUGGCAGACCCCGAAGACUCCCAGUGCUGCUGCGCUUGGUUACAACAUGGACAGCAUUGGCAUGUCCCCUGCGACUCCAUUCUACCUGUCUCAGCGGUCGAGACUCGUUCAGCAAACAUGUCCUCCGAAGCAAACACGGCAGGGUCUCUUCUCUAAGGCCUCGGAGGAGGCACCAUCACGUCAAUUGAAAUCUAGACUGGAAGCUGCUCGACGAAAGAGUCUUGCGUUCAAGCCUACUGUUGGAAGUCCUCUGGUUGAGUAA